AUGAAGACGACUCCUACUAGCUGUAGUAACGAAGCCACCGCCUGGUUCAGGCUCCUAUUCUUGUUCUGUCUCUUCCGCGUAGCUCCUUGCAAAACAGAGCAGCACCGCAAGCAUACCAUCAUCAGGAGCAUUUUCAAGUUCGGAGAUUCCUUCUCCGUCACCGGCAACGCCCUCCGCCUCUCCCCGGAAUUGUCCGACGGCCUCGUCAUCCUCGACUACAUCGCGAAAUCGUUGGGGCUUAAGUCGCCUAGUCCUUACAUGGACCACAUGGUGAAAAGUAAUAGCAAGGGAGCUAAUUUUACUGUUGCCGACGUGACUGCUCUCUCCUCUGAAACCUUGCGUAAACGUUGGAACAUCUCCUUGUCGUUUGCCAAUGCCACCCUCGGCGUCCAGCUUCAGUGGUUUCGUCGCUACUUGUCACAAACUCAUCCUAAAAAAGAUCACCAAGCAGAGAUGCUCAAAUCGUCGCUAAUGUCGAUCGAGAUCGGAGGAAAUGACUACACACUUUUCCUACUAAAAGUGGAGUCGAGCACUCAUUAUGUUCACGAGGAAACCAUCCCUUUCUCCGCAUUUAUUGAAGAAGCCAGGAAAUCGUUGCUCCCCGUAGUCAUAAACAAGAUUAUCGACGCUAUCAAGGAGGUGGUGAGUAAAGGUGCGAGACAAGUAUUUGUCCAUGGACUGUACCCCUACGGAUGCACGCCCUCGCUCCUCACGUGCCUGCCCAAAGUCUACAAGAACCUGACUUAUGAUAAACUAGGACGUCUUGAGGAGGUUAAUAUCAGAGAAAAACAGUAG